UUCUACAAAUUCACAACUCACACAAGAACACGAGCAGCUGUUUCAGUACACGUCUGAUCUGCAGGGGAAGAAGCUGAAUAUGUCUCAAACUAUCAAACAGCUGACGGAGUCCAACAGUCAGCGAGAAGAGGAAGGACGACGACUCUCUCAGAUGAACGGCCUUCUGAGGGAUGAGCUGGUUCAAGUGAAAGAAAAGAAUCAAGAACUUCUGGAAAUCAACAACAAGUUUCAAAGGGAAGUGAAGAAUCUGAGUGAGCAGAUCGGAGAUCUGUUGAACUGCGAGACGGCCUCAAAAGACAACAUGGAGCUCCAGGAUGAAUUAACAGAGCUUCAAGAACAACACCGGAACUUGAGCACCGUGUUGUUGAAAGAGAGGCAGGAAGCAGCAGAGCGACAGGAAACCAGGAAAGACGAAAUGGCCCGAAUGAUGGCAGACAUGCAUUCAAUAAAGGAGGCUCACCACUCUCUGGACCUCUACUGCCCUGUGGUUAAUCACAAGAUAAAAGAACGAAUUUGCAAAAAGUGUCACGACAGCUGGAGACAGUUUGAGACAAGGUGCUACUUCUUCUCCUCUCGCACGCUCACCUGGAGCUCCAGCAGAGCCUGGUGCCAGGCACAAGGGGGCGACCUGCUCAUCAUUAACAGUGGACCAGAACAGAGUUUUGUUUUUGAAAGCAGCCAGGCUCUGGAGCCGCGCAGCAGCAGGCUGUGGAUGGGUCUGACAGACGCAGAGGAGGAGGAUGAAUGGAGCUGGGUGGAUGGCAGCCCAGUCACUUCAGAUGUACAGUACUGGCUGAGCAGACCAGGACUCGGGACUGAGCCUGAUAACUGGAAGCAGGACAACCCUCUCGGAGAAGACUGUGGACACAUAGACAUCAGUGAAAACACUUUCAUGUCCUGGAUGGAUGGUUCCUGUAAGACACCUUAUAGAUGGAUCUGUGAAAAGAAUAUCUAAAUUGGCCAAAAACAUUUAUAUUUAUAAGGCAUACUGUAAGUUACAUUUUUUAAAUAUUAUAGGAUAGAAAUAAAUAGAUAGAUAGAAGAACAUUAUAGGACUAUAUCUGUGAUGUAAACACACAUGCUGCUUUGUAUAAUCUGAGUGGA